AUGACUGUGUGUAAACGAACAGCCUGGAUGAGCUCAUUACAGACUCAUUACAGUUUUCAUUUUAACAAGUUUGACCGGAAUAAGCCAAAGUUUACUCGAGCGAAUUCUGCUCAGAGAAGAGGAGAGGAUGUGGGUUUUCGGAGGAAGACGGCGACCUCUUUCACCUACUGCGAAGAAAAGUGCAGUGAUGUGAUGUUCAGAGGGUUUGAGGUCGUUGUGACGGUGUGUGCAGCUGCAACCGGGCGCCAUGUUGAGGACCUCCCGCCCCUUUUCUGUCUGAGGCUCGAGCGCUGCGUCUCCGUUUGGACCAAGAAGCUCAAACUUUCACCAUUUUACGCGAAACUUGGAUUUACCUGUGAGAAUGUGGCGCAGCUGAAGGAGCUCACCUGUGCGCGCGCCGUGGCUCAGACUCAGGUUGUUUCUGAUGGACUGAAGCAGAACAUGGAGGUGCUGGAGAAAAACAGACAUGUGAUAUUAUCGAUUUUGCUUCUCACGUCCCUGUCCGUCCCCGCUGCCGUCAUCCAAUGCCAGGAGGGACGAGAGUUUCUCACCGAGGACAAAAUCUGCUGCGAUAAAUGUCCUCCAGGUUUUAAACUCGCAGAAAAAUGCCAUGGGUCAAACCACAGGACCAACUGCACUCAAUGCCCCGAUGGACAGUACAUGGACCAGAUGAACUACCAUCCAAACUGUUUCAGCUGCCGACGCUGCAGACCUCAUCUGUUUGAAGUCGAAGUGUCAAAGUGUCAGCCGAAGAAAGACGCCGUGUGCCGCUGUAUCGAGGGAUACUACAAAAGUCACAUCGACAGACAAACGUACGAAUGUCGCAAAUGUUCAACGUGUAAAGAAAACGAACGACAAACAGAGAAAUGUUCUCCCGACUCAAACACCGUCUGUGAAUGUAAAGAAAACUACUACAGAGUGAACCACAAGUGCCAGCCCUGCACCAAUUGUACCAAAGACUGUCCAGACCACUGCCCACGCAAAGAGCCGACCAAAGAACAACCCGACACGAGUUCGUUUGUGAUUAACGUGAUCGCCGGCGUGGUGGUGGCGGUCAUCUUUACUCUGGUGCUGGUCGUCGUCGUCACGCACUUUGCUACGAAACGUCAAACGAAGAGAAAGCUGCGGUCGUCCUCGCAGUUUGAAGAGACUCCGAAAAUAUACCAGGAGCUGACAGUCCACCAUGAGGAGUCUUUAAACCAGUGCGUUCCGUCUCAGGCCAUGUCGCUCCAUCUGAUGAGCCACGAUCCGUCCAACCUGCCCGACUGCGUCCCCCUGGAAAUAAAGAUGGUGGACAUGAUCUACUCUCUUCUGGACCUGGUGCCGGUUCUCCAGGUCAAGCAGCUGGUUCGUUCCUUGGGGGUCAGUGACACUGUGAUCGAGCGGGCGGAGCUGGACCACCGCUGCACAAAGGAGGCCCACUACCAGAUGCUCAAGGCCUGGGCGGAGCAGCGGAGCGUCACCUGCCGAGGGGGCGGACAGGUGCUGCACCUGCCCCAACUGCAAGAGCUGCUGGACAAACUGAGACUGAUGUACCUGGAGCAGACGGCGCAGGAGCUGGAGGCCAAGUUCAACCUGCUGUGAAUCAAUGGACACGACAUGGAGCCACACGAUCAAAAAAAGCCCCGUAUCACGCUUUAAAUCUGUCUUUUUAAAGGUGCGCUGCGUCUCCGUGGAGAUGUUACCGCUUUCCGUCGAGCGUCCCACAGUAUGGCAUUAAAAUUACCUAUGCAAUCAGGUCCGGUUACAGGUUAAAUCCGCGGAGAGGCGAUCCCGGUAACACUAAGAAUACACCUUUUUUACCUUCUCGUGCAACAGAAACCUCUGAAUUAACGUGAUCGAUGAUGGAUCAGUAAAAAAUGCCACACUGCGGAACACGCCGGGGGAAAAAACCCCGAUAACGUCGCCAUGGAGACGAGCAACGGACAGACAGACCGACCUUCCAAGCCCGAAAGGUUACAUAGUGCAGCUUUAAACGCUCGCGCGCACCUCAGCGUUUGUGUAGAUCGACUGAGAAAGUGAAAGUUUAUAGAAAUAGGAACGCUGCCGCCGCUGCGCCCUCUGCUGGCAACAGUGGGGAGUUUAAAGCGGCGUGAAAGAUUCCGUAGUCGCGAGCAACGAUGGAGGAUUAAACUAUGGACUUUAAAACGCAGAGGAGCACGUCUUGUACAGGAUUACUCCAAGGAUUAUUUUUCAACUUUUUUUUUGACGGUGAACAGUGUUGUAUCAUAGCAGAAAACGGGGGUUAGCGUAAAAGUCGCGUUAUAAAACCGCACUAAAAGGCCAAGUACUGUUCAAAUAGCUGUUUUAUUGUACGCAACCACCAUUUCACAGAGUAGACCAGUAAACUCUCGCAUAAGGACAGUCACAUGACACUGUUUAUCCUGUUUAAAGGAGCUGAUACUUUUGAAAAUAUGUCUGGUGAUGGUUUUUACGUGGGGCGGGGGUCACUCUCGGUUUGGUCCUGUUUAGUCCUGGUCCGGUCCAGGUCUAGUCCAGGUCUAGUUCUAGGUUUAGACCCAGUUUUGGUGCAGUUUGUGUGUGUGAACAAACCCUUUUGCACAAGCGAAGCAAGAUGUGAAAGUAAAGCAAUAGCUACGUGUGUCUUCUUCUGUACUGGACUUCCUGUUUAUAGGCGCCAUUUUGAGCACUUUUCACCUUUUUCAAAAGAUGUAAUACUGUAUUUGAAUGAUUAAUUGUCAUGGCAACGGUGCUACUUUCUUACCCCUGGAUUGCAGUAUUUUAUGAACGUUUAUGAAUAAGCAACGGUUGAAUAUUUUAGAUGGAUUUAAUGCUUUUCUCCGGACACUUUUCCCACAUCGACUCCUCCUAUUUUUCUACGCUGAGUGAGUGACAGCUGGAUUUAACCAAUCACAGUGAAGCGUGAAAUUCAUAGGAAACUGUCCGACGUCUUACAGUCGAGUAUAAACCCAGGAUUUCAACAUUAAGUCGUGUUUCGCAAGUAAAACUCUGCCGCUCGCCCGCUGUUUUGUCAUGUGUUUUAUCGGGUAAAUAUGUGGACGUUUUGGUGCUUUUUUUGUAAAAUGACCAGAUCAGGAUUUCACCUUCUCUUCUGAUUGGUCCACCUCGGUCAAACUGCGCGAGUGACGGCUGGAUUUAACCAAUCGCAGUGAAGCAUGGACCUAAAACCUGAAAUUGUGUAAAAUAAGUGGAUUAAGUGAGUGCGACGUCGCCGACAGCGUUCAGCUCCAAAUGAAGCUUGUCGAGGCUAGAGCAGUUAGUAUCAUAGCAACCAAAGAGCCAAUCCGGAGCGAGGCUGUUGAAGGUAACGCCCCUUCCCGCCCACAACGCUGGUUUAGCAACGCUGUCAAUCAAACUUGUUCCUAACGCUAGCAGGAGCGACUUUGGAGCCUAAUUUGUCUUUUAUUCGUGUUCAUAUCUUGUUUUUACGGUCACUAUAGCGACAAAUAAAACCCCCAGGAUCACGUAGAGCGGGUUAAUACGAACAUUUAAAGCAAAAUUACGAGUUUUUACAUGGAAAAUGAGUCGAUGGAGCCGGAAUCGCGCCCAUUUUCACUUUCUAUUUGGCGCACGAUGGCUAGCAGUUUAGCUACGUCCCUUUAUAUAAACCAGGGGUGUCCAAACUUUUCUCAUUAAGGGCCAGAUUUAUAAACACAGACAAAGCUAACGGCCGAUUGAGGGUCGCGAAUACAGUGAAUACUUCAAAUCCGCGUUUUUAUUACAACUUAGACAGAACCGCUAGACCUUUAUUCAGACUUACAUCCUCACGGGACACGUAAAAUAUCUGAUAUGAGCUUGUUAAAGUAGAUUUUCAGAAAUGUACAGUAAAAAGUACAGUUUAAAGUAACACGGGGGAAGCUUGAGGGCCGAGAAAAAUCAGUCUGAGUGCCGCAUUUGGCCCCGGAGCCACAGUUUGGACACGCCUGAUACAUACAGUCUAUGAUAUAAACGCAGCUUUUUAACGUUUUUUCCGCUCAUUCCGCUUCUGUUUUGUGCGUUUUAACUGUUGUGACAUAACUGUAUACUCUAACCCUCUUGAGUCGAGUAUUUGCAUUUACAUUCCUUUAAGCCCCAUCAUCGCAGUAUUACACAUUCGGCAGACGCAAAAACAGCGGGACACACCUUUUUUCGUCUGUGCCAGGAACUCAAGACCAGUCUGUGCACGCUCGUGAAUCACACUCAGCCAAGCGCAAAACAGUUUUAUCACUUUUAUAAUUGCACGGUAUUAACACGUCUUGUAUUUUAAUCCUCCUGCAGCCGCGGCAUUUACUCCACCAGCAAAGAUCAAUGUUAUAUUCUCUGAUUUUUUUGAAUAAAAGUAUCGUUAUUACAUGUUUGUUAUUGUGUUUUUAAUGCGCGCUGCUUGUUGUUUCUUUACAUACUUAGGAAUUGCUGACAACUCUUCAGCCUAAUGAGCUUUUUUUAUGAUUUUAACUCGACAAAAGCAGCUCGAAGAACCACAUUCCACAUAGUCACCGUGUUUAUUAAACUUUGUGGGAAUAUACUGCGUCUGGCCAAAGUAAUUUCCUCCUUCCUCUUUACCUUCUAGAUAUUUCAUGGUAUAAAGUAGAAGUGUAAAGUGUGAUUGAUCUGUCGUCCUGUCGUUCACGUCCUCAUCGAUUAUUUGAUUGUACUUUGGGGUCGAAUAUUCAAAAAGUAAACGCACAAAUGUUGAACUUGAGCUUUUCUGUAGAGACUAGACUCAAAAACUCACAGAAUUACAACAGAAAUCUGCAUUUUAACUGUUUUUUCCACCGCUCCACUUCCCCCGUUUGUAUUAAAUAUGAAAGUUGUGACGUCAUUUGAAAAAGAGCAAUAAAGUAAUGCAACGUAAUGAAGUACAAGUACUAGAGUAUGCAGUUUAGGUAUCUGUACUUAAGUAGAUUUUACAGUGGAUACUAUAUUUUUGAACAUUGCUCCGAAGUAAAAGUAUUUUUUUAUAAUAGUUUGAGACCUGCUGAAACGUCUGAGGGUUUCUUUUUAUUUUUAUUUUAUUUUUUAUUUUUUUAGCUGUUUAUUUUCAGAGUUUUCAGAGUAAAAAGUAAAUACAUACAUAUAUUAAUACUACGAAUAUAGAAACAAAAGAAAAAUACUUUUACUUAAGUCAGUUUUUUCAUGUGAAACUUUUACUUGAGUAUCUUUGGUGUCUGUACUUUACUUUAGUACAUUUUACAGUGGAUACUUUUUACUUUUACUUGAGUACAUUUGAGAGCAGUAUGUGUACUUUCUACUGCGCUACAUUUUUAAACAGGACUGAAAAGUAAAAGUUUUUUUUUUUUAUAAUAGUUUGAGACGCGCUGAAAAGUCUGAGGGUUCAUCUUUUUAUUUAUUUAUUUUUUAACUGUUUAUUUUCAGAGUUUUCACAAUAAAGAAUAAAUACACACGUACAUAUAUUAAUACUACGAAUAUAGAAAAAAGAAGAGUUUAUUUCUAACGUUCGUAGUUUGAGCAAAGCAAAAAUACACAAAUAAGAACAAGUAUUUUUUACAGAUACUUUUAGUUAAAUUGAUUUUUUUCAUGUAAAGCUUGAGUAUCUUCGGUAUAUGUACUUUUACUUAAGUAACAAAACGGAGUACUUUUUCCACCUCUGCAGUAAAGUAACACGUGCUGCCACAAGAAUAAAUGAAGAUCAGUAUUUGUGUAUUUUACUUUAGGAUAUUAAAUGUUAAACGGGUUAAACGGCGCCUCGUCUGUGUAGAUACAAAAACACAAAACACAAAAAAAAGACAAAAAAAACACAAAAGAAAGAGAUUAGGAUUGUCCGUCAAGCAGAAUAUGACGCACCCACUAACCCGCUCUUUAUUAAACUAAAAACAUUCAAACUAAACGAUCCUGUGGAGUUUAAUUCAGCAGUUGUUUUGUUUAAACGCUUCCACACUGUGUCCAGGAGCUGUUCAGACCCAGAGAGAGUCGCUAUAAUCUGAGGAGAACUGGGAUCUUCCAAAAAACUACGGCAAGAACUACAAAAAAAACCCCAAAAAACUACGUUGCAUCUCAGUUACAGGGGGGAAUUUAUGGAAUCGUCUGGAUAAUGAAUUAAAAAGCUGCACAUCGAUUAAAUCAGAUGUGUCAAACUCAAGGCCCGCGAGCCAAAUGCGGCCCGCCACAUCGUUUUAUGUGGCCCUCGACAGAGUAAAUUAAAAGGUAUGAUGGUCUUAAAAUCUCAGUGUAUCAGGAGAUCUGCAGAUACACAGUCAUAUUUUUAAGUCGAGGCAAAUGCACGUGUAAUAUUUGUAACUUGAAUAAGUAAUAAAUACAGAAACAGUUAAUUAACAAGUUAUAAAAUUAGUUAGAUUUAUUUUACAUUUGGCCCUUUGAGAGCAGACAUUUUGCUGAUGUGGCCCUCGGUGAAAAUAUGUUUGACGCCCCUGAAUUAAAGUAUUAAAAAAAAUGUACAAAUUACCAUAAAAGUUCUAGAAAAAUAUAGAGCAAUAGUAAAACUGUUACUAUGACAACUGAACUGAACAUUAAUGAACAUAGUACAAACUUUGUCUGACGUGAUAUAAAUUAUGUAAUAAGAAAACAAAAUAGUAAUAAUAAUAAUAAUAAUAAUAUGUUGAUGAUUAAAAAUAACACCUAUGAUCAUGAUAAUAAGGACUAAUGAUUAUUAUAUGUAUAAAUAUAAACCCAGAGGAAACCGUAAGACAUAAAAACAAAUGUAUUUCUUCUGUGUUGUAUAAUUAUUUGAAAUUGUUGUGUUUUCUCUUGUUGUGUUUAUUGUUAUUUAAAUGUGGAAUUAGGCAUAAAUAAGUUUAGCUUCAGCCAACGCCUUUCAGUCACAAUUGGACGGAUUCUGUGCGACUGUGACAUCGUUUUGUUUGUUUUUAUGUGUGUGUCUGAAUAAACUAACUAACUAACUCACUAACUAACUAACUCACUAACUAACAGUCUGUAAACCGUCGUGUCGUUUAAACUCUGAGACGGGACGACCUCUUCUAACAAAAUCUGAAUCACGUUAAACUAAUAUUUGCCCUGG